AUGGGUGCUCUAGAUCAUCUCUCAGAUCUCUUUGAUUGCUCAGGUGGGAGUUCCAGGCUCAGGAAACGCAGGCAAUUCCAGACGGUGGAGAUCAAGGUGAAGAUGGACUGCGAAGGAUGCGAGAGGAAGGUGAGGAGGUCUGUGGAGGGGAUGAAAGGCGUGACGCAAGUGACCGUGGAGCGCAAGGCCCACAAGCUCACAGUCGUCGGAUACGUGGACCCGGGCAAGGUGCUGGCACGCGUCGCGCAUCGGACGGGCAAGAAGGUGGAGUUCUGGCCAUACGUCCCGUACGACGUCGUUGCCCACCCAUACGCCGCUGGGGUGUACGACAAGAAGGCUCCGUCCGGGUACGUGAGGAACGUGGAGGACCCGCAGCUCCGGAACCUCGCACGUGCGAGCUCCACGGAAGUGCGUUACACCACGGCAUUCAGUGAUGAAAACCCGGCUGCCUGUGCUGUCAUGUGA